AUGGAGUAUUUGAUGAAUGUCAGCAUCGGUACACCAGCCAUCCAAAAUUUUCUUGUCGUGCCAGAUACGGGUUCCGCGCACCUUUGGGUACCUGAUACGUCUUGCAAAGAAAAGUUAUUCAGUGACUGCAGAAGGAAGCGUACGUUCGAUUCAUCGCUUUCGCAAACUUACAGAAAAGAUGGUAGACCGUGGAGCAUUUUUUACGCGGAUGGAUCGAAUGCAAAUGGUCAUUUGGGAAUUGACACAUUCAAUUUAGGUGAUGAAGAGUUCGGAACUGGAACUAAUCAUUUGUUGCUCAAAGACCUUCCUUUUGGCCAAGCAACUUCGGUGCAUGGUUUCGCUAAUGAUCCGGCAGAUGGUAUAUUUGGCUUGUCAUUUACAACCUUCGACAAUGGCAUCAAAUCGCCAAUGGUUCAUGCAGUUGAUCAAAAUAUCCUUGAUGAACCUAUCUUCACGGGUCUUCGAGAAGGUGCACCUGGAGGAUCAAUAACAUUCGGUGGUUUUGAUAGCAACAAUUGUGAAGAGAUCAUUGACUAUGAACCACUCACGACAACUACCUACUGGCAGUUUGCAAUAAAGGGUAUUGCAGCUGGUGAUUACUCAACAGAUGCUCAUUUUGAGGCUAUUUCUGAUACAGGUACAUCAUUUAUUGGAGGACCGCAGAAUCUGAUUACACGAAUCGCUGAGGCUGUUGACGCUCAAUACGAUUAUUCGAACGAUCUACAUACCAUUGACUGUAAUGCUAAAGCGUCUCCCAUCAGCAUAACAAUUGGAAAUAACAUCUACAAGAUCACUCCAGAGAAUUACAUUGUAGAGAUUGAACCCAACGAAUGUGUUUUCGGCUUUUUCUCAGUCAGUUUGAGCGGUGGAUAUGGGCCGACGUGGAUCCUUGGUAAUCCGUUCAUUAGAGAAUACUGUCAAGUUCACGACAUCCGUGGAAAACGCAUUGGAUUUGCACCAUCCAAACGAAUAUAG